ACACGUUUGAUCCGGCUGUGCCACGCGUCCAUCGACUGACAACGGUCUGUGCACUCUGUCGCGCCGCCCUGUACCUGACUCUGUCUCUGUCUCUGAAUCCGUUUAUGCUUUUCAAUAUCUGCCUUUCGUGUAACAAGAACAAUAAUGUCGUUGCGCGUCCGUCUUUCCUUUAGGCAAGGCGCGUCAGCCAACGGCACAAAUCCAUCAUACUCAUCGGCAACAGGGUCUGAUUUGCAUGCCUCGGUGGUGUCCCUGGCAUCGGCAUCACUGGCCAAGCGUGGAUCAGCCGGCUGCAAAGUAUCGACGCAUGCCUGCGCAGCCGCUGGCUCGGCCAGGGUGCCCGGUAUAAGCGCAACUUCGCUCAGUGAACCCAAGAACGCAUGCGCUAGGACAUCGUCGCAUUGCAUUGCGGGGGCCUUUUGUGUGUCGCUGCCCGCGUCCGAGUUAGCUGCUGGUGCUGGUGCUGGUGCUGGUGCUGGUGCUGGUGCUGGUGCUGGUGCUGGCGCUGGCGCUGGCUCUGGUUCUGGUGCUAAUUCUGGUGCUGGUCCGGGCUCAGGUGCGCUCUGUUGUGCCGAGCCGCUGGUCGCCGUAUCUGCUGUGUCUGCUGUUGUGACCUCGGUAUACUCCUCGUCAUUCUCCCCUCGCUUUAUGGAGUUGAAGCUCGCCCUUCUAACGUCUAAUUGGGUUGACUCGUUUGUUGAAUAUGGCCAGUUGUCUGCGUUUGCGUUUGAGUCUGCCUCUGUGUCUGUGUCUGCCUCAGUGCCCGAGGCUGGGCCUGAGUAUGUGGCUAGCAUUGUGUGGGGAAAAGUGGAAUUGUAAUUGUAAUUGUAAUUGACAGGCAAAUUGAAGUAAUGAAGGAGCGAUAAUGUAAAUAAUGUAAAUGCAAAUGGUUGUUACUGAACCGGCGAAGACAAGGGGGGCAGGAAACGCGCGUGGAAAAAAACUUCAAGGUCGAAAAUGGAACCAUUGCAUUGUAUGGUACUCUUGAUACUUG